UUGACCCGUUGAAAGAAUUAGAAGAAUACGAAAUCAAAAUGGCCGAGGAACAUAAGGCCAAGAAGGCCACGGAGAAAAAAGCCAGAGGACCUAGAUCCGCAGAAGUGCCAGAAAAGCCAUUCAAGACCUUGGAAUCGUUUGUUGACGUCAACAAGAUUAGCCAGUUGACCAAACAGGAGGUGGAGUUCAUCUGGAGGGCUCGUUUCUUGGGCAAGGAGGGUGCGAUGCACGCGGUCGCCCCUACCCGAAUUUUCAAGAGAAUGUACGAUAACGCCAGAAAGCAUGCGAUGUUUAUCUUGCCGUUACCUAAGGACAACAGUGAUGGUGUGGAAAUGCACUUUGUGCAAUGGGCCUUUGUGGGGCCGCACACCGCCCACUGUAUGAUCACCACCGUGGCGGAGUACAAGUUGCACAAGGAGUAUGCAAGACCACACACCACUUUGAUGUUUCACUCGGAGUUGUCCGAGCUCCAGGGUUUGGUCUUGAUGAACGGAGCCGUCGAAAAGGAGUCGUCAAUCACGCUUCCAGAGGCCCAGUUGUUGGUGUUGAACGUCCAGAGAUUCUACGGCGCCUUGGAAGACUCCCCUGCCAACCAGAGAAGAUUGAAGCUUCUCGCUGACUUUUCCUCCGGCAGUCCUGAUUUCACCGUCGAGGAGUUGAUCAUCGAGGCCGCCGCCAUGGAGAAUUAGUAUUUAUCCUGUAUAGCUAAUAUGAAUACCGCUUCCGACAGAGU